GCGAGCAGCAGCAAGGCGGCAAUGCGAUUCGAACCUCACUAUAAAUAAACCGAGAGAGAAGCCAAGGGCGAAAUUUUAGGGCUUUCUGGAGAGGCGAUGGCGGGCAAUGGCGAUGGCGGAGGUCUCUUCGAAGGACUGCCUCCUCCCUCAGCUCCAGCACCAGCCAAAUCGGUGUCGCCGCCACCACCGGUGAGUGCUCCCAGAAGUCUCAAAUCGGUCGAGCCGGCCAAGCCUGCGAUCAAGCGCCCUGCUCCUCAAGAUCCGGCUGAAGGUGCUAAACAGGUCCGUUUCAAGACCACGACUGAAACCAGCAAGGAGAAAGUGAUCGAAGCUUUGCACAAGAUCAAAACUCACAUCGGGAAUCCGUCAAAGUUCUCCAAGGCUUGCAAGCUCGCUUUGCAGCUGCUUGAUGCUGGAAGCGUGGGUGACGACGAAACAUCGACGUUAUUCUUUGAGAUGCUUGAAGUCGCCAUGAGUCCUCCGACUAAGGCCAACGCAGCAGCUGUUCGAGCGGAUUACCAGCAGCUCUUUUCGGCUGUGCAAGACAAACUCAAUUCCUAUACUCCUUCACAGCAAGAACAAAUCGAAGUGUGGGCUCUUUGGGCACAACUCGGGAAUGACUUUUACACCGAUGACACGUUCGUGUUUUCCAGGGCUGCUGGACGACUGAAGCAACUCAUCACUGCUCUACCCGAGGCAGUGGCAGAAGAUGCCGUGGAGUCAAAUCCAGAAUCUACUGCUGAUGCCGAAGAGGUGGAUCCGUUUGGCUUGGACGCUCUUUUGCCAAACAAGGAAGACAAGUGCAAGAAGAAAGCUAAAAACGAGACCACCGGAGGCAAAAACUUGCAAAGGGACAGGAGAGAAGCCUUGAUCGAGUGCUUGACAAUAGCUGCGAAACGCUACAAGCAGGCAUGGGCUCAAACGAUCGUAGACAUCGCUGCGAAGCACGCGUUCGACAACACAAACCGAUUCGAUCAAUCCCAGCGCGAGAGAAUCGUCAAGCUCUGCGUGUCCGUCAGGGAGCAGCAAGUGAAGCGCAAGCAAGGCAAGGGCUCCAGCGGCAAACUGGACGAGACAUCAUUCGAGAAGUACCGCGAGCUCUACUCGCACGAGAAAAUCAGCAUUCGCAAAGCCGUGGGCGGCGGCGGCGAUCGCAGCGCCGAGCAAUGGCUGGGAUAGAAACUACUUCCAUUUAAAUAUCGAAUAUUCGCGGCAUUGUUCUUUACUUUAUUUCGUUGCGGAUGGGAAUCGAACUUCGUACCAGCA